AUGGUGACCCUCGACGAGAUUGCAGGCACAGCUCUGCUUCAAAAGCCUUCCAAUACACCGACUGCGAGUCUCGAGCGCCCUGAAUCAAACUACAAAUCCCUUGGCAACUUCUCCCUCCCGAAUGACCGGCAAUACAAACAGCAAUUUGCCGAUAUAUACUUCCUUCGUCUCACCAAAAUCAGACCUGCUGUAGAAGAGGUUGCUACCGCAGCAUGGCAGGAUACUGUAUUGGGCGGCGAGACCGCGACCAAGGUGGACCGUGUCUUGGAUGUGCGCCAGGGCCAGUUAUGCUGGGUUAUUGGCACCGUCUACAUGGAAAUGCCGCUCAAACCCAGCGUGCUUGAAGAUGUAUCCAAAGAUCGCUGGAUCUCCGCCCCUACCAUGGCCGACCACUACUAUGACGGGGCCGGGGCAGAGUCAAUCAUGCUCGAGGACGACUCUGGUCGGGUGCCUCUGGUUGGAAGCGUGCUCAAGGAUUACUUCCUUGUCACAGGCUGUAUUAUCGCAGUCAUGGGCACCGAGAACUCGGACGGUCAGUUCGAGGUUAUUGACCUCAAGUUCGCCGACCUCCCUUCACAGCCAGGCCGCUGGUCCCUUUCCAAAGGCCCCAAGAAACCAAAAGUCAAAGACGAAGAUGUCGAAAUGGCCGACUCCUCACGCCCACAACCCCCCAAAAAGAUCGCCAUCGUCUCCGGCCUCGAGUUCUCAGGCACCGACACCUCCUACGCAAUGGAGCUCAACCUCCUCCUCGAGUUCCUCCUCGGCGAAGCGCUCGACCCCGCCGCGCAAGUCGAGCUCUCCCAAAUCUCCCGGCUGAUCAUCGCCGGCAACUCCAUCGCCAAACCCUCCGAACACGACCCCGCCACGGACAAGAGAGUGCUCAAAAAGUACGGCUACGACUCGUCCUCGUACAAUCCGCUCCCCUCCCAGCUCCUCGACACCUUCCUCUCCUCCCUCCUCCCCACCCUCCCCAUCACCCUCCUCCCGGGCGCGCAGGACCCAGCCAACGUCAGCUACCCACAGCAGCCGAUCCACCCAGCCAUGUUCCCGAACGCACGCACUUACACGGCCGCACCGGGGGCGUCGGAACAACCGGGGUGGUUCGACCCCGUCACCAACCCGUGGGAGGGCGAGGUGGAGGGGUGGCGGGUGCUGGGCACGGGCGGGCAGAACCUGGACGACAUCUGCAAGUAUGUGGAUAGCGAGGACAGGCUGGGCAUGAUGGAGGCCAUGUGCCGGUGGCGGUGCAGCGCGCCGACGGCACCGGAUACGCUGUGGUCGUACCCCUUCCAGGACGAUGAGCCCUUUGUUAUGAAGGACUGCCCCCACCUCUACUUUGUGGGCUGCCAGCCCGAGUUCGGGACCAAGAUCAUUGAGAGUCCACAGGGGCAGAUGGUGCGGCUGGUCCUGAUCCCCUCGUUCGCAGCAACCAAGGAGAUCGUGUUGAUAGACACCGAAACGCUGGACGUGUCAAAGGUGAAAAUCACGGCUUGA